AUGACCAGUCUAAUAGAUUUGGGCAGGUAUGUUGAAAGUAGCCGCUUUGGAGAAGACAGGGGACCAAGGUCUAAAAGAGUAAAAAUCGCUGGAGCUGAUUUAUCUUCUUUUCAACCUGGAUGCAUCACCAAGAUUCGUUUACAAGAUUUCGUCACCUAUACCUUAACUGAGUUCAAUCUUUCACCGUCUCUAAAUAUGAUUAUUGGACCAAACGGAUCCGGCAAAUCUACUUUUGUGUGUGCCGUAUGUUUAGGACUGGCUGGUAAACCGGAGUAUAUUGGUAGGAGUAAAAAAGUGGAAGAUUUCAUUAAGAAUGGUCAGGAUGUUUCAAGAAUUGAAAUUACUUUAAAAAAUUCGCCGAAGGUUCAUGAUAUUGAAAAUAUAAAUGCACAUGACGAAACAAUAAAGAUUACUAGGAUUAUUACUAGAUCUAAGAGAAGGUCUGAUUACCUGAUAAAUGACGGACAGGUCUCUGAAAAUACGGUUAAAACUCUAGUCACUCAGUUGAACAUUCAGCUGGAUAAUCUAUGCCAAUUUUUAUCUCAAGAGCGUGUUGAGGAAUUUGCUCGAUUGAAGUCAGUUAAGCUAUUAAUGGAAACUAUAAGGUCAAUUGACGCAAGUCUGUUAGACUUGUUGGAGGAAUUAAGGGAACUACAGGUAAGUGAGCAGAGUUUGCAGAAGGACCUCGACUUCAAGAAAUCAAAAAUUGCGCAUUUAAGGCAAGAGAGUGAUAAAUUACGAAAGUCAGUAGAGUCGUUGCGAGAUUUUCAAAAGAAAAAAAGUGAAAUUGAAUCGCACUCUCAAUUAUUACCUUAUGUGAAGGUGAAAGAUCAUAAGGAAAAGCUAAAUACCUAUAAAGAAGAGUACGAACGAGCGAAAGCGAACUUGAAAGCUUUAUUGAAGGACAAGAAACCAUUUUCUAAUACAAAGAAAACUUUGGAAGGCCGAGUUGAAGAACUAACAGAUAAAUGUUCGUUCAAAAAUGCUGAAUUUGUGAAGGCAAAAGAGAAGAUCAACGAGAUCUUUGAAGAACUGAAUACCAUAAGAGAUGAGGUUAUAAAAAAAAAAAAUCAGAAUGAAUAUUAUAGAGGUAGAACCAAAAAAUUGCAGGCAACUAUUAUCAGUACAAAUCAGGAUUUAGUGAGAAAUCGAGAGAUGCUAAAACAAACUCAAUUACCUGAAAGAAGCGUAUUCGAAGAUAUAGACACCAAAAGAAAAGAAAUCAUCAACAAAGAAGGAGAGCUUCGAGAUCUUAUAUCCGAGAUCGAUGCUAAAGCAAAUGCCGUUAACCAUGAAAUGAGGACUAUACAUGUGCAAGCGGAAAGCAAGACUAAGUCUCUUAAUACAACCGACAAAAUUGGCAUCUUAAACCAAGAUCAGGAUUUAAAGGAGGUUCGUGAUGCCGUGUUGUUGAUAAGAGAUCAUAGCGAAAUGAAAGAUAAAAUCUUAGAGCCCCCAAUAAUAACAGUAUCUGCCAUUAAUUCACAAUUUGCAGCCUAUCUAGCACAAUGUGUCGAUUAUAAUACAAGCAAGGCCUUGACUGUUGUUGAUUCUGAUGCUUACAAGUUAUUUUCGAAUUCGAUUCUUGAUAAAUUCAAAGUGAAUCUGAGAGAACUAUCCAAUAUUGACAUCAGACCUCCUGUGCCAAUAGAUACAGUCAAAGAUUUGGGUUUUGAAGGCUACUUGUCUGAUUUCAUUACCGGUGAUAACAGAGUUAUGAGAAUGCUUUGUCAAAUUAACAAAAUACAUACCAUACCAGUAUCCAGAAAGGAACUGACACCCACGCAAAUAAAGAGGUUGAUUACGCCGGCAUCAAAUGGAAAAAUUCUCUUCAAAAGAAUAAUUCAUGGAAACAGGCUUGUCGACAUUAAACAAUCUGCUUAUGGUAAUAAACAGGUUUUCCCAACUGAUGUUAGUAUAAAACAAACCAAUUUUUAUCAAGGAUCGAUCAUGUCAAAUGAACAGAAAAACAGAAUUGAAAAUGAAAUCAGCAGCUUAAAGAAUGAACAUAAUAAUCGAAAAUCUAAAUUAGACGCAUUGUCCAACCAGAAGAGUAUUUAUAGGCACGAACUAUCCGAGUUGGCGUCAAAAAACGACGAUAUCAAUAGAAAGGCCCAUGAACUGAAUGAGAUUCGUAAGAAAUACACUAUGAGGAAAAGCACAAUAGAAACCCUGGAAGAGAAAUUAGAUCAACUCAAACGUGAGGCUAGAAAGGAUGUAUCACAAAAGAUCAAGGAUAUUGAUGACCAGAUCCAGCAGUUGCUACUCAAGCAAACUCAGUUACUGUCUAAAAUGGUCUCGUCAAUGGAGGAUUUGAAGAAAUGUCAGAAGGAAUUGGUAAGUUCCCAAAUUCUUCAAUUUGAAGCCCAGAAUAUGGACAUUUCCAUGAAUGAUGUGAUCGGCUUUUUCAAUGAAAGGGAGGCUGACUUGAAGCACCAAUAUGAGCAUAAAAAAAGGUUCGUAAAAGAAAUGAGAGAUACUCCUGAAUUCCAAUCCUGGAUGCAAGAAAUUAGACGUUAUGACGAAGAUACGAAAGAGAAAUUGAAUAAAGUAGCAGAAAAAUAUGAGAAAGAGGGGAAUUUCAAUCUUUCAUUCAUUCAAGAUGUUCUUAAUAAGUUGGAAUCGGAAGUAGCUAUGGUCAAUCAUGACGAAUCUGCUAUAACGAUUUUGGAUCAAGUGACUACUGAGUUGAGAGAGUUGGAACAAGCAGUUCCUCAGCAAACUAAGGAUUUGGGAACCAUCAACGCGAAAUUGAAAGAAGAUCAUGCAAUUUUGGAACCUAAAUUGGAUGAUAUAGUAUCAAAAAUUUCUGCAAAAUUUGCACGCUUAUUCAAUAACGUUGGUAGUGCUGGUGCGGUUCAUCUGGAAAAGCCGAAGGACUAUUCUGAAUGGAAGAUUGAAAUCAUGGUCAAGUUCAGAGAUAAUGCCCCUUUGAAGAAAUUAGACUCUCACACACAGUCAGGCGGUGAGAGGGCUGUGUCUACAGUACUUUACAUGAUCGCCUUGCAAGAGUUUACCUCUGCACCAUUCAGAGUUGUGGAUGAAAUCAACCAAGGUAUGGAUUCUAGAAAUGAAAGAAUUGUCCAUAAAGCUAUGGUAGAGAACGCUUGUGCUGAAAACACUUCUCAAUAUUUCUUAAUUACUCCAAAGCUAUUGACAGGCUUGUAUUAUCACGAGAAGAUGAGAGUACACUGUGUCAUGGCUGGUUCUUGGAUUCCAAAUCCUUCUGAGAACCCGAGAAUGAUCCAUUUCGGCGAGACUUCCAAUUACUCUUUUGAAUAG